CUGGCAAAUUUCGUAAUGUUACUUGACCUUUCUUUCUUUCUAGAAAUAACGGCAGCUUUUAAGCUGUUCGACAAAAACGGUGAUGGGCAUAUCUCGGUGGAGGAGUUAGGUGAAGCUAUGAAGCAAGCUGGACAGGAGAUGCAAAUCGAGGAUAUUAAAGAUAUGAUCAAAGCAGUGGAUCGCAAUGGCAAUGGUAAAGUAGAAUAUAGUGAGUUUGAAGACAUGAUGGCCAGCCAAAUUGGAGAACCGAUGACGGGUGAUGACCUCAAGUACUACUUCAAGAAGUUUGAUACAAAUGAAGAUGGUUUCAUAACUAGUGACGAACUGGGACUGGUGAUGAAAACGUUUGGUGGCAAAACCUACUCAAAGAAAGAAAUCGAUGACAUGAUCAAGGAGGCUGAUACGGACAGCGAUGGAAAAGUCAGUUACAAAGGUACUUGACUGAGUGCAGGACUGGAGCCGAG